AUGGACAAAACCAAUUUUCUGAUACAGCCCUCCUCUGCCAUUCAUGCAUCUGGAACCAUUUGUCAUGGAGGCAGACAGGCCAUCAUUGAACAUCAGUCCAUUCUCCUAAACACUGCUUUGAGGAGAUGCCCAUCAGUCAUUAAAAGCCAGGAUGUAUACAGCAUUCUAAAUGAAGUAGGAUUUUAGUAUGGAUCCAACUUCAAACUGCUGGGUGACAUUCAUUAUGGACAGAAAUUCAAGGAGGCUGUGACCAGUGUCAGUAUUCCAGAGGGGUUACUAAACCAUCUGUAUGAGUAUUGCUGACACCCAGUGGUACUGGAUUACGUUUUACAAAUGUCUGCAGAUUUGGCAUCAGCCUCUAGCACUAUCAGGCCGUGGUUUCCCUCUGCAAUUGGUAAAAAAAAGACUCGGGCCUCUCAAAAAUACAUGUUCUUGUACAUGAGAAUGACUGAAGAGAAGUCAGAUUACUUUGAGGUUUGUGGUUGUUUCACUGAUAAAGAUGGGUUGAGAGACGUGCACAGAUUAAAGAAUCAUGUUUUUUUUCACAAUCAGAUGGUUGCCGUUCAUGCCAAGAGCAAUAUUUCUGGCUGAAUCAAGGCUUAGAUUUUUGAGGAGACCCUGGGAAUAGCAAUAUUUGUACCUCCACCUGAUUCAACACAAAGCUCAGCCUCAGUCCCACACACAUGCAGUCCCUUUGGACCCAAAGUCAGUGGUGCUUUGAAUGUUCGCCUUGCCACUCUACACAGCCCAACACUUUAUUACUUUGUGUGCUAUUCUUCAUUCUCUUCCUUCAUUGGUAAUGUUGUGCAAGCCAAUUACGCAGCAGCUAAUUCAUUUCUGGACAUUUUUUGUCACUACCAGCGUAACACUGGACUUGCAGGACAGUUCAUUAAUUGGGGGCCACUUAAAAUGGGCCUGCUAAUGGACAAAAACCAUUUUCAAAAGUUCCUUGAAACAAAAGGACUUAAGACAAUGGAUGUGCCCGAGAUCCAUGAAGUUCUAGAGCACUGCCUACUGGCUAACAAUCCCCAACAGGUGGUUUGCAAAUUCAAUUUUAGGAAUCUAAAGAACCAAGUUCUUUCUCAGAAUGCAUCUUCAGCUUUAGUGGAGGAAGGACUGAAAAACAUGAUAGUGGUUGGCUCCAGGAUAGAUGUUCAGUCAUCAGUGGAUGAUUGUGUAAAAAGGAUUAUGACUGAAAUUUGCAGUGCAGAUACUGAUGAUCUUAGUGAUAAAACUGCCCUUACUGCUCUAGUAAUGGACUCCGUUUUGGCCAUGACAAUACAAAAUCACUUGUUUCAAGAGUUAAGAGUGACUAUCCCUCUUGUUGCUAUACUAGAUCCAAGCAGUACACUGUCCUCACUGACUGCACUCAUAAAACAGAGUACUAGUGAGGAUUUUGAGCUAGAUGUGACCCUUUAUAGCUUAUAA